AUGGAAGGGCUUCAGAGGAGCAGAUAUGGGACUAUGGCUGAAGGCGGGAUAGAGCAUCAGCGGUUUGCAACCUCUUCCUCAUUGCGGAUCAUCCUAGUGGGCAAAACAGGCAGCGGGAAAAGUGCCACCGGGAACAGCAUCCUCUGCCAGCCGGUGUUUGAGUCCAGGCUGGGGGCCCAGUCGGUGACCAGGAAGUGUCAGGGGGCAACGGGCACGUGGAACGGGAGGAGCGUCCUGGUGGUGGACACGCCCCCCAUCUUUGAGGCGAGGGCCCAGGACCAAGAGGUGUACGAGAACAUCGGGUACUGCUACCUACUCUCGGCCCCGGGGCCGCACGUGCUGCUGCUGGUGACUCAGCUGGGGCGCUUCACAGAGCAGGACGUGGUGGCCGUGACCAGGGUGAAGGAGGUCUUUGGGGUGAGAGCCCUGAGACACACGGUCCUCCUCUUCACCUGCAAGGAGGACUUAGCGGACGGAUCCUUGCAUGACUACGUAGCAAACACAGACAACGUCAGGCUGAGGGGCCUGGUCCGGGAGUGCGGGCAGAGGUACUGCGCCUUCAACAACCGGGCCUCCGGGGACGAGCAGAGGAAGCAGCUGGCCGAGCUGAUGGCCAUGGUCGAGGGGCUGGAGAGGGAGCGCCAGGGCGCCUACCUCAGCAACGACCUCUUCUUUGAUGCACAGCGGCUCCAGCAGGGCUGGGGCGACCCCCAUGGAGAAGGUCACGUGCGCUACCUGGCCAAGGUGCGGUCGCAUGUUGCAAAGCAAAAGCAAGACCUGAGCGAGGCCCAGAGAAACGGUGCCUUCAAGGCGCUCCUCCGAGUCAAAAACUGGAUCAUUUCUCACAUGGGAAUAUUUGCUGUUUUUGUUAUAUGCUUUUUGAGUUUUCUUGCCAUUUUAAUUAUCUUGUGUAGCACUCACGAAUGCUGA